CAUGUAUAUCAUAUGAAAACUACUUUUUCGACCGCAAAGUGAACUCAAAAUUCAAUUCACUAUUCAUUGAGACGUUUACGUGAAAUACAGUUUGAAUUGUCGACACAUUUGGCCACUAAUUGUCACUGAAUUGAGGCCACAAUCUAAUGAUAUAAUGAGCGGAUCAGUAGUGCCUUCGGAACCGUUCCCGUUGUGGACAUUACUGCCUAAGAGGGAGACCACCGCCGCCUCAUUCCUCACCAAAUAUCCCACAUAUGAUGGACGAGGCGUUAAGAUAGCGAUACUCGACUCGGGCGUAGAUCCCGGUGCCGACGGUCUUCAGAUCACAAGCGAUGGUAAACCCAAAGUGAUUGACAUAAUGGACGGGUCGGGCUCUGGAGACGUGGACACCACCACUGUUGUCGAAGUGGACAGUGAGGGCUACAUCACUGGUCUGACCGGUACUAAACUCAAGAUUCCCAACGAUUGGACGAACCCUUCGGGCAAAUACCACAUCGGAGUGAAGAAUGUCUACGAGUUGUACACCAAAGGAAAACGCGAACAAAUGGCUAAGGAGUGGGCCGACAAUGAGUGGCAACCCAUGCAUAAGACUGUGACCGCCGAAGCCAUGCGACAGCUCCAGGAGUUUCAAAACUCUCAUUCGGACGCCUCAGCGGAUAAUACCGAAGAGAAACUGAUUCGCGAAGACUUGCAAUCGAGAGUCGAUUUCCUCAAACAGUUGGACAAAAAGUUUGUGGAUUUGGGGCCCACUUAUGAUUGUGUUGUGUUUAAUGACGGCAAUCAUUGGAAAGGUGUUAUCGACACUACAGGCGCCGGUAGACUAGAAGAAUGCACACUAUUAGGCACUUAUAGGGAGUGCUUGAAAUACGGAACCAUUUCCGAUAGAGACCUUUUGAACUAUGGAAUCAAUAUCUAUAACGAGGGAAACCUUCUGGAGAUCGUCGCCAUGUGCUCGGCUCACGGGACACAUGUGGCGAGUAUAGCGGCCGCACACUUCCCCAAUGAGCCCGAGAAGAAUGGUGUGGCACCGGGCGCUCAGAUCAUCAGCGUAUGUAUUGGCGAUACAAGACUGGGCUCAAUGGAAACGGGAGCCGCGUUAAUACGAGCACUUAUUAAAGUGAUUGAAAGCGGAGUCGAUGUCAUUAAUAUGAGUUACGGAGAGGCCGGGCAUUAUGUUGAAGGCCGUGUUUUGGAUCUCAUACACGAAGUCGUCAACAAAUACGGCAUUAUUUACAUGUCGAGCGCCGGUAACGCGGGUCCGGCACUGAGCACCGUUGGGACGCCCCCUACGAUGUACUCGUCGUCCCUAAUAUCUGUGGGCGCGUACGUGUCGCCCGAUAUGAUGGCCGGCGAGUACUCAAUGCGACAGAAAAUGCCAGGAAUGGGCUAUAGCUGGACAUCUCGCGGACCAACCAUAAAUGGAGAUCUAGGAGUGUCUGUGUGUGGACCGGGAGGUGCCAUAACAUCGGUGCCCAACUGGACCCUCAAGAAGGCACAGCUGAUGAACGGAACGUCUAUGAGUUCGCCGAACGUCGCCGGAUGUGUAUGUCUUCUGGUGUCGGGACUAAAGGCUUUGAAUAUCAAGUACUCGCCCUAUAGUGUGAGAAGGAGUAUAGAAAACACUGCCCUUAAAGUACAAAACUACGAGCCCUUCACUCACGGCAAUGGACUCAUUCAGGUUGAGAAAGCAUUUGAAAACUUGACUCAAUUUAAGGACUCGAUCGAAAGGGACGUCCGCUUUCACGUGACGAGUGGUCAGAAUUUAGGCGUUUAUCUGAGACAACCGAUUGAUGUCCAGAAUCCGUCCGUUCAGCCCAUAACUGUUGAACCAAUUUUUCUAAAUGAUAAACAAAUUGAUAACAAACGCAAAGUAGACUUUUAUAUGAAUUUAAGCCUUACCUGUGACAGCGAAUGGGUUACCAGUCCGUCGUUCUUGAAUUUGACGUACGGUUCCAGAGCUUUCACUAUUAAAGUGGAUCCACAGGGACUGGAGGACGGGAGGGAACACUUCACGUUUAUCAAAGCCUAUGACGUGAAUAACAUAGAAAAGGGGCCCGUAUUUCAGAUACCAAUUACUGUCAUUAAACCUUUGAAAAUUAGCGAUUCAAAGCCAUUAGAGAGCACUCAAACCUAUAAACCGGGUUAUUUUAAGCGCCAAUUCCUCGCAAUCCCAGCGAAUGUCAACUCAAUGGUAGUUCGCGUGAAGAACUGCGACCCACAAGAGAGCGGAACGUUUGUCGUCCACUGCCAACAACUCUCACCCCUACUGUCCAACCGAACCGACUCUAUCGAGAAGUUCUUCACACUCGCCCCGCAGGCGGACAAGACGUUUGCCAUUCAACUGAAAAGCGGCCGAACCCUUGAGGUGUGUUUCGGGAAGUGGUGGUCCAGUAUUGGUGAGUCACCCGCCGAACUGAGUCUCGAGUUUCACGGACUCCAGCCGUCCCUUAACUCGUAUACAAUGAAUGCCAGCGAAAGCAUCUCCAGAAUAGAGAUCCAAUCAAACUAUGGUUUCGAAGAGAUAGCGCCUAAUGUGUCGCUCACGACCUAUACUCAGCCAAUCAGACCCGUCGAGAAUAAGAUCCGUCCACUACUGGCCAAUCGUGAUGUCAUACCCGCCGGUCGACAGAUAUACGAGAUUUUGUUGACUUAUAACUUCUCGGUGUCCAAAGCCAAUGAAGUGGUCGCCACGUGUCCGCUGCUGUCAAAUGUCUUGUAUGAAUCGGAAUACGAUUCCCAGUUAUGGAUGAUAUUUGACUCGAACACUAAGCAAUACUUGGGUACUGGAGACGCCUACCCCUCGCGUUAUUCAGUGAAAUUAGAAAAAGGCGACUACACUGUCAAACUGCAAAUCAGACACGAAUUGGUGUCACAAUUGGAUAAAUUAACAGAUAUUCCGAUUCACAUUCAAUACAAGUUGGCUCCGAGUGUGUCAUUGAAUUUGUACGAAACGUAUCGAAACGCCAUAACCGACGGCAAGAAGUUCAGCCCUCAAGUGCUCAAACCCAACACUCAGACACCGAUAUUCAUCGCCGCGAUGUCGGAGCCGCCAAAGGGGUUGACUGUAGCGAGCGGUGGCUUUUUUGCGGGUCAGAUAACGUUCGCUAAAAAUGAAAAUCGCAAAAAAGUGGAACAAUUUUCGUUCAGAUAUGUGGUCGACAGCGAACCCCAGAAGAAGCCCAAAGACACUAAAGAGUCGACUGAUAAGAAAAAUGGCGAUUCCGUGGAGAAGUCAUUGGAGGAACAGUUCGCUGAAGCCUUAAGUGAACUAAAGAUUUCUUGGAUUCCAAAACUGAAGGGUAAAGCGUCUGAAGAUGUGUUCAAUGAGUUGCAGACAACAAAUAAGACCAAUACUCAGCUGUUGUUGGCGAGACUGCAGGCGCUCGACGCCGACCCUCAGCGCACACAACAUCUGAGCACUCAAUUGAAUUUAGCCAAUGAUGUGUUGGAUUUGAUAAAAGUUAAUGAUUUGAUCGCAUCGUUAGCCGUCGCCAAGAGUGAGAAGAAA